AUGGCUGCCCCUGCCCAUACAUUCAAGGUCGCUGACAUCUCCCUCGCUGCCUUCGGGCGCCGCGAGAUUGAACUCGCUGAGGUCGAGAUGCCCGGUCUCAUGGCUAUCCGUGCCAAAUACGCCACUGAUCAGCCUCUUGCUGGCGCUCGUAUUGCCGGUUGCUUGCACAUGACCAUCCAGACUGCCGUCCUCAUUGAAACCCUCACUGCUCUCGGUGCUGAAGUUACCUGGACCAGCUGCAACAUCUUCUCCACCCAAGAUCACGCGGCCGCCGCCAUUGCUGCUGCUGGUGUCCCUGUCUUUGCCUGGAAGGGUGAGACUGACGAGGAGUACGAGUGGUGCUUGGAGCAACAGCUCAAUGCCUUCAAGGAUGGCAAGAAGCUCAACCUCAUUCUCGACGACGGUGGUGACCUCACAUCUCUUGUCCACAAGAAGUACCCCGAACAGCUGAAGGACUGCUACGGUAUCUCCGAAGAGACUACCACUGGUGUUCACCACCUCUACCGCACCUUGAAGGAGGGCAAGCUCCUUGUCCCUGCCAUCAACGUCAACGACUCGGUCACCAAGUCCAAGUUCGAUAACUUGUACGGCUGCCGUGAAUCUCUCAUUGACGGUAUCAAGCGUGCUACCGAUGUCAUGAUUGCCGGUAAGGUUGCUGUUGUUGCCGGUUUCGGUGACGUCGGCAAGGGUUGCGCCCAGGCUCUUCACAGCAUGGGUGCCCGUGUCAUUGUUACUGAGAUCGACCCUAUCAACGCUCUCCAGGCUGCUGUCUCUGGCUACCAGGUCACCACCAUGGAGGAGGCUGCUCCCAUUGGCCAGAUCUUCGUCACCACCACCGGUUGCCGUGACAUCCUUGUUGGCCGCCACUUUGAGGUCAUGAAGAACGAUGCCAUUGUUUGCAACAUUGGUCACUUCGAUAUUGAAAUCGAUGUUGCUUGGCUCAAGGCCAAUGCCAAGUCUGUGCAGAACAUCAAGCCUCAAGUUGACCGCUACCUCAUGUCCAACGGUCGCCACAUCAUCCUCUUGGCUGAGGGCCGUCUUGUCAACUUGGGUUGUGCUACUGGCCACUCUUCCUUCGUCAUGUCCUGCUCUUUCUCCAACCAGGUCUUGGCUCAGAUUGCUCUCUACAAGGCUGAGGAUGCUGCUUUCGGUGCCAAGUACGUUGAAUUUGGCAACGAGGGCAAGCGCCCCGUUGGUGUCUACGUCCUGCCCAAGGCCCUCGAUGAGCAGGUCGCCAGACUCCACUUGGAGCACGUCAAUGCUAAGCUCUCGACUCUUACCCCUGUCCAGGCUGAAUACCUCGGUCUGGAAGUCAGCGGUCCUUUCAAGAGCGAUAUCUACCGCUACUAA